AUGGAUACUCCCGCUGCUUCAUUCUACCAUAAAACACCCAACGGCACAAAUGUGCACUAUACACAGACCGGCAACGAGCUAGGUCCUUUGAUAAUUCUUCUUCAUGGACUAGGAGGAUCAACCAGAACGUUUGAAUCUUUGCUACCAUUCCUUUCGCCUCACCUGAACCGUUUAGUCUGCGUGGACUUUGAGGGAUUCGGUCAAACCACUUUGUCCACACCAGAGACUGUCCUUUCUAUCCCUCGAUAUGUCAACGACCUGGAACAUCUCGUGGCAUCUUUGCAAGACCAUUCUGAAGAUACAGCAGGGACUAAGCUCAUCCUCAUCGGCCACAGCCUCGGAGCUAUCGUCUCAAUGCAUUACGCCUCCAGACAUCCAUCACAAAUCCGGGGGCUCGCUCUACUCGGGCCUGGACGAUCAAUUGCCCAUAUUUCCGCGGCGAGGGAAAGAAUGCUAGGCCUGGCCGCAAAGACACGAAUGGAGGGUAUCCAAGCCGCGGCGGAUAUGGCCGCAAUCUCCAACUUCCCACCUCAGGGCUCAGUUGCCCUUGAAUCUCGAGAGUUUGUCCGAGAGGCUGUGAAUAGCUGUGACGCUGAGGCGUAUGCUAGAGCGUGUGAAGCAGUUGCGGAUCUGAAUCAUCUUGAUCCCGAUUACAGCUCUAUUAAUGCACCAACUUUAUUGCUGGCUGGGAGUGGGGAUAUCAUUUCACCGGUGGAAAGAUCGUUGGGACUGAAAGCGCUCAUUGGAGAUGGUGCCUGGGUGAGGGUCCUUGAUGGCGUUGGACAUCAGAUGCUUCUACAGGGCUUGACGGGAUCCGUUGAGGCAAUUCAAGAGCUCCUGGAAAAGUCCAAUUAG